AAAAAAAAAGAAUAAAUGACAACUACUCUUCCUUUUAUAUCGAAGAAUAAGAACUAGUAAAGAGUAUUUAUAAUAGUAGUGUGGAAAUGAAAGCAGUAACUUGGUAAAAGGACUCUCAUGGACUAUUUGAUUAUGAAACAAAAUCUUUAAGCGUUAAAAAGCAUAGGGUGGAGGGAUCAUGUAAAGUGUGCAGAGAAGGUUUUAAAUAUUAUUAAAAAAUUAGAGAAUGAAAUAGUUAUUUAAGAUGUUAAAAAUAAAGAUGAAGUACACUUACCUCUGACAUCAAUAUAAGCUCAAGGAGGUAAUAUUAAUAAAUAUUUUUAUAGACUAAUAUUUCAUACAACCAAAUUAAAGCACAACAGAAAACGAGAAUUAUUUGAUUGUUCGUAGUUUAAAAAAUGCUGAUGGUGUGUAAAAGGUAUAAAUAAAUAAUAGAAGAUAGGGUUACACAUUACAAGAGGGUGAUUUACUCAAAUUAGGUAGAGUAGAAUAUCAUGUAAUUGAGAUAAGAGAUGCUAAAGGACAAAUAAGAUCAGUGAAGGACGUUUUCUAAUCAGAAGCAAAAAUAGCUCCACCUUUGGAUGGUGGUGUUCCAAAAUAAUGCAAAAUAUGUUUAUUGGAAGAAGAAACAGCUGAUGAUCCUUUCAUUACACCCUGCAAAUGUAAUGGAAGUUGUGCUUUUGUACAUUUUAAUUGUCUUAAACAUUGGCUUGAUAGUAGAGGAUAUAAAAAAGAGUCUGGUAACACAAUUUCUUACAAAUGGAAAAAGUAAUCACAAUCAAUACUAAAAUUGUAGAUUGGAGUGUGAGGUUUGUUAGGAAUUGCUACCUUAAUAAAUUAGAUUUAAAGGGAAAGUAUUGGAUUUAGCAGCUUUAGAAAGACCAAAUUAACCAUAUAUAAUAUUAGAAAAUACAUAAAUAUCAGAGAAAGAUAAGAAAGCUUAAAGAGGAAUAUAUUUAAUAAAAGGGACUCCAGAUGAUUAGGUAAAAUUAGGUAGGGGUCAUUAAUGUGAAAUUCGUAUAUCAGACAUUUCAGUUUCAAGACUUCAUGCAUUUAUAAAAUAUGAGAAAGGCAAUUUUGUUAUUAUUGACAACAACAGUAAGUUUGGUACUUUAGUUCGAUUAUCAACACCAUAUCUUAUCUGUAUGGAUAAAAUUGCAAUUCAAGUAUGAUUUUUUAAAUUAAUAUUUAGGUUGGAAGAACAGUACUAACAUUUGUUAUGAAAUCUUUUUCAAGUUUAAAUGCUAAUACUCAUGCUGGAAUAGCUGCUCUUCAUAAUGGAGAGUAAGGUAGAAUGAUGUUCUAGCCUGGAUUUUAAGCUAGUAGUAAUAAAACAUAAACCAUUAAUAAUAACUAAAAAAAGAAUGAUAAACAUGCUGGAUAAUGAAUUUUAUUUUAAUACAAUCUACAAAUACAC